UACUUUGUUUUAAAGUGCUUGAUUUCUGUGAAUUGUUGAAUAUAAUUUGUGCAAAUGUCUGCGAAAGCUUUACAGCUAUAUAUAUCGGAACAAUUGUACAAGUUCUGUUUUGGACAAAGAUGUUGUAUGAAGUUCUUGGGGUUUCUGUUUUCUUUGGAUCGACAGCAUUUCAUCAAGUCCACAAAUGAUUUGAGUUUAGGAAUGCAUACGUAUGUCCAUGAUGGACAAGAGCAUGUGAUUGUGUUUAAAGAUAGUUGUUGUCACAUCUUGAAGGAGCCGCCGAGCUUGAAAAUGCAAAAGGAAUCUUUCAAGGAGAUGUACAUGAUGAAGUGUGGUUCUGAGUCUAGUGGGGGUCAAGAAAUGAAUGUAAAAUCGAACUUUGCCAAUUCUCGUAAUACACCGGUAGUUCCUCAACAUAGAUUUUCUUUGGGGCCCUUGAAACAAUCGUUAGCACAUCCCAAUAAGUUUGCUUUGCAGAGCAUCGAAUGUGGUUGCCCUUUUGCACCAUACAGAGAGGCCAUUUUGAAAAUCUUGCUGACUAAUCGAGUGUUAGUAAUAAAUGGAGGGCCCAAAUGUGACAAAUCUACAAUCCUGCCGAUGUACAUUAUAAAUAACUGUGCCGAGAAGAAUGCACACUGCAAAAUAAUAUGUGUCGAAAGGGAAGAUUUGGUGGCAAUUUAUAACAGUGAACGAGUUGCUGAACGCUUUCAAGAAAAAGUUGGAGAAACGGUUGCUUACCAAAUACAACUUCAAAGUCGCAUUAGCGAUUCCUCCAAUCUUGUUUAUACGACCUCUUUUUUUUUACUCCGUGUGCUAAUGGGUCAAUCGAUAGUAGACAGUUUUCGUCAUAUUUCUCAUGUGAUCGUUGUAGACGCUCACUUGCAUGAGGCCUAUGCUGACUUGCUACUGCGACAACUAAAGGAGGCGCUUUUGUAUCACCAGCACUUAAAAGUCAUACUACUCUCGAACUCACGAAACAAUUGCGAAUUCCUCAAUUACUUUGGCGAAGGUCAAGAAUUAUUUGUGGAUACAACAAAUGAUAUUCAUGGAAAAAAGCUUGAAGUUUUAUAUCUAGAGGAUAUACUUGAGAGUUUACCUGAAACACGAAUUUCUUCUGGUAUAACAAAAGCAUUCUCUGCUCUUCCAGUGAAAAAUAACAUUACUAAUAGUAAACAUCUGGACAGGUGUCUGGAGUUUUAUGAGAGAAUGGCUACGGAUCAGUAUUUCGACUCAUUUAUCUACAUGAUAAAAGGCGAAUGUUGCAAUAUCAAUUAUCGCCAUUCCAUUACUGGAAGAACUGCUAUAAUUAUUGCUUCACUGCUUGGCAAAUUGAAUCACAUUAAAACGCUUUUACAACUAAAUGCCGAUCCCUAUAUUAGUGACAAUGAAAACACUAAUGCGUUAAAAGCGGCCAUAUCCAUGGGUUAUAAAGAAUGUGUGGAUAUUUUACAAAUGUCAAGUUAUGAGCAGAAAAUCUCAGCAGUGGAUGGUUCUAACAAAGACUACAUCGAUUAUCAUCUAAUUCUAGAUAUUCUACAAAUGAUCAAUUCUAAUAAAAGGUUUAAAGUUGGCAACAUUAUUGUAUUUUUACCAGCAUACCAACAUUUAGUAAAACUUAAUUAUUUAAUACUCAAGCAAAAGCUUUUGGGUAAUAUUCCUGAAAACAUGAUGGUCUUUCUGUUACACAAUUCCAUUGAUAAAACAGAUUUAGAAACCAUAAUUCAAAAAUGGCCAAACAUGAUCAAAUUAAUAUUAGCCACUGAUAUAGCUGAAAGUCUGAUGUGUUUCGACGACAUUGAAUAUGUCAUCGAUACGGCCCGUCAUUAUCGUUGUAUUUAUAAUUAUCGAAACAUGUGUAAGGAGUAUGUUUAUGAAUGGUCACCGAAAGACAGCAUGGAGAAUCGUUCGUUGCUUUUGAACAAGGCAACUGGUGGUUUUUGUUUUCGUUUAAUCUCACAAAAUAUCUAUAAUAAAUUACCGGAAUUUCCCACACCCGAAAUUUUGAACAUGCAUUUGGAUCGAGUGUGUCUUUCUGUUAAAUUAUUGUCGCCGAAUACCAUGGUGGCCGAAUAUUUACAAGAAGCCAUUGUUAAACCUCCUUUUAUACAAAUAUAUCGAACAGUAGAGAGCUUAAAGAAGAUAAAUGUCUUCACGGACCUUGAGGAUAUAACCUGGCUUGGUUGCCGUCUUAUAGAUGUGCCAGUAGAAUGUUAUUUGGGCAAAAUACUGGUGUUUGCUAUACUGCUGCAGUGCUUGGACCCUGUACUAACAAUUGUUAGUUUUUUGUCGACUUUGGAUCCGUUAGAGUUGUCUCACUAUAUGAAUCAUCUAAACGAACCGUUUAAGGAUUUACUGCGUUAUAACAUAAAAGCAGAAAAACAGCGACUAUCCGAAGGAAUUUCAUCUGAUCACUUUAUGUAUUUGCGUCUGUAUCAAGAGUGGCAGAAUAAUUUCAGAAAUGAGGAAAUAAGUUUAGAACUGAAUGAAUAUCAUUUUAUUUUGAAUGGCCUAUUGGAGCAUGUGUGUAAUAUGCGUACUCAAUUGGUCGGCUCCUUGAGGUCAUCACAAUUGAUACAUAGUAAAGGCGACCUAAGCAUGCAUUAUAUAAAUCAGAAAUCGAAUUGUUGGUCUGUUAUUAAAGCAGCCCUUGUUGGCGGCAUGUAUCCCAAUAUAUGUGUUGUGGAUUCCAAUGUUAAUCGCAUUAAGUCGCCAUGUAAAAGAGAAUUGGUACUGCAUUCAAAUUCUGUUUUGCGACCAUUAGACUUGUAUUCGAUGAGUUCGUUGAAAUUAGCUUCACCCUGUAUAGUGUACGGCAAAGAAACUAAUAGUGUUAAUUGCAACAGUAUUGAAUGCAAUACAGUUGUGACACCCAUCACAUUUGCUCUGUUUGCCGGACCUACCAAAAUGACAUCUUCCAGCAUCCAGGUUAUAAGAAACCAACCACAAAAAUUACAAAAUCAGCUUUGCUACUUCCGUAUCGAUGAUUGGAUUUCAUUCGUUGCCGACUAUAAAGAGGCUCAAUUGAUUUUGAAAACACGUCAAAGUUUUUACAAUAUGUAUGAAAAUUAUUUGCAAUAUUGCGGUUGUUUGGAGAGUCACAAACGGCCCCACCACAUUCUAACUCUAACUCAGAACACAAGAUUAUUCGAUUGUCUAGAAAAAAUCUUAACACAAGAAGAUAUUGCCAACGGCUUUGUACAGCCCGAAAAAAUUGGUCUAAGACCAAAAGCGCUGCCCAAUCAAUUCAUUAUAAAUCAUAGUGCCUACACUUUAUUAACGAAAUCAUGUUAUAGAAUCUCUAAAAAUCGAAAUAGUUUCGCUGCAAACAAUCAAUUGCUAAAACAAUUCUUUAUGAUCUAUAAUGUGGAGUUGAAUGAAAACAAGUAUACUUAUUACAAUUGUGAAUGGUAUCAUCUGCUGUCCGCAAUGUUGUCGCCGUCGUCUGUUGAAAACAAACUUACAUUUGUAAUAUCUUAUUCGUUGAAUCCAGACUAUCUACAUGGAGUUUAUAUUGCUGAAUGUGAUACUGGAGUGUUAAAGUUGCAUUUUUGCUUCAAAUGUGACAUCAAUAUUUUCGAUAUACUCAACCAAGUAAGUAGUACCAGUUCCAUAUUUUUAGCAGUAUCUACCCGUAGAGUCGCUAUUCAGUUAGAUAACGAAACAGGGGAGUUCCUGUUGAAUGUGUUUGCCGUACGUAACAAUUGGUUACACUCAUAACUUAUAAAUAAAUACAA